AUGGAAGGUGCCAUGCUGAGGCUUACCAUUGUGGGAGCUCUCAUUGGCUCCUCUGGCGCAAUCUUGAGCCAGAUCAUGUGCGAUGCGAUGAAUCGGAACAUCCUCGAGGUCCUGGGCAUCAUUCAAAAGGAAGAGAAGAAGGGCAACUCUACUUACACGAUCGAGGGUGAAGUCACCACCACGAACAAAGAUCACGUGGCUGAUCUCCUUGCUGUCGCCAAGAAGGUGGUCAUCGUACCGGGUUAUGGGGUUGCAGUCUCCAAGGCGCAAUACGCCAUGGCGGAGCUAGUCGAGAUGCUCACGAAGAAUGGUGCUGACGUGAAGAUUGCCAUUCAUCCUGUGGCUGGACGCAUGCCUGGCCAGUUGAAUGUCCUCUUGGCCGAGGCUGGUGUCCCCUACGACCAGGUAAAGGAAAUGGAUGAGUUGAACGAUCCUAGCGAUUGGGAUGAUGUAGAUGUGUCCCUGGUCGUGGGAGCCAAUGACACUGUCAACUCCUUGGCGGAAGAGGACCCUCAAAGCCCAAUUGCUGGGAUGCCAGUGAUCCGUGUGUGGCUGGCCAAGAAGUGCAUUGUCGUUAAGCGGUCCUUGGGCAUGGGCUAUGCAGCCUUGGACAAUCCCGUUUUCUACAAGGAUAGCACCGACAUGCUUCUUGGAGACGCCAAAGAGAUAGCACAGGAUCUCGAAGAACUGGUGCAUACCAAGUUACACCACCACUGAGCACAGCUCGACACACGGUUCAGUCCAGCCGUGCGAUCGACCCCGCUGGAGGCACUGUACCUCUAAAUGGUGAAAGGAAAG